AUGAACCUAGAAGAGUUUCUAGCAAUGGAGGAAAGCCGCGAGCGGGACGAGCUGAUCGACCUCCGCGGCCUUGACUUCGUCUCCGAAUACGACUCACAUCUUAUGUGCCCGAUCUGCCACUGCCCCUUCGUUGAUCCCGUUCAUCUACAAUGUGACCACGUCUUUUGCGGGAGUUGCCUCAGUUCGGCGAUCACUACAUUCCGCUCGGCCGACUCGGAUGAUUUCCCGUGUCCCUCUUGCCGCAUCCCCGCCAAAGAAAUAUCGACUAGUGUGCCGCGGUUAUUGAUCAACAUGUGCGACGAAAUUCGCGUACGGUGUCCGCUUUUAACUGAGGGGUGUGAAGAAAUCAUUCCCCGGGGGCAUGUCCAAUCGCAUGUCGAGAAGUAUUGUGGAUAUCGGUUGGUUCCAUGCCCGGAUGAUUCUUGCGACAAGAUGAUGCGAAGCAAUGACGUCGGGAUCAAGACCAAGUGCAUGCAUGCAGUCCGCUUUUGUCCUCGCUGCGAAGAGAAUGUUGUCGAGCAAGACUUCGAGGAGCACGAUGUCAAGCUUUGUCCAGUUCUUGAAGUGACUUGCACAGACUGCCAGACAGUCGUAACCCGAGGGGAGCUGGAUGCACACUUGGAAUCAUGUCCCGAGGUUGCGAUUCCCUGCUCGGCAUCCAAGUAUGCCUGCCCAGUCAAGAUCCGACGCGCUGAUAUUGCAACACAUGAGCAAAGUUGCCCAUUAGUUGCGAUGGGGCCUUAUUUUGAAGGCCAAAACGCCAGACUCAAUUCCCUUGAGUUAGGCAUGCGUCACCUGCAGCAGCGAAAUGAGAUCUUCGAAGACGGCCUCGCCAACAUUCGAUCUACCCUGAUGGAAUCCACGCGGGUAAACCCCAGCAGCCAUAACAAUAGAUCUUCAACACAAAGUACCCGAGACCAGCAACCACGGGCACGUCCGGAAGUCGACCCCGGUGACUCCGAAGACAUCGCCACAAGCAUAUUUUCCUCAACUGCCAAUAGCUACCUGCUUUCGCUACAUGAAUCUCUUCGCGAACAAGUCGGACAGUUGUCACAUGCCAUCACUGACCUAGACGCUCGUGCCAGCAUGACUAUCAUGAACGAAUCUCUGCGCAUCAAGGAGGAUAUGGCCCUCACGAAUGCCGCAAUGAACAGUGUUCGCAUGCAGGUCCAGUGGCUUAUGAAUCCCAGGCUUCACCAAGGGCCCCGGGGAGCCGUCCGUGCCAAUAACACAACUGAAGGUACACGCACCCAGCUUGACUCAUCCGCUUCGACGGCUGGUCCGAGUACUAGCUCUGCUCAAUCACUAGGGUUCCUUAGGCCUAGACGAUUGAGUGAUACUGGACGUGAAGGGACCAAGCUUUAA